AUGGCGGCAGCCGAUUUGCGGGCGGAACUAGACUCGCUGGUCCUGCAGCUGCUCUGGGACCUGGAAGAGCUGGAGUCAAAGCGAGCGGCGCUGAACGCCCGGGUGGAGGAGGGCUGGCUUUCGCUCUCCAAAGCUCGCUAUGCCAUGGGUGCUAAGUCGGUAGGGCCCCUGCAAUAUGCCUCUUGCAUGGAGCCCCAAGUCUGCGUCUGCACCAACGAGGCGCAAAAUGGACUCCAGAAGUUUCGUGUGGUAAGAUCUGGCUCCCAGAUUCCAGAGGAGGUGGGACCCUGUGAGGCAGCUCUGCGAAGGCGCAAGGGCCUUACUAGGAUUCCAGAGCCUGAGCCCUUCUCAGCCUCUCCAAACCCUCUGAACUGGUUUGGAAUCCUGGUUCCACAUAGUCUACGGCAGGCCCAAGCCAGCUUCCAGGAGGGCCUGCAGCUGGCUGUAGAUAUGGCCAGUCUCCAGAUCCAAAUCAACUGGGGUCAAAGCCAGCUUCGGGGGCUCCAGGAGAAACUCAAGCAGCUUGGGCUUGGGGCUGCCUAA